CGCAGGCGGCGCUUCCGCUGUCCGGCCGCUGCGCGCGAUGGCGGCGUCCCGGGGCCCGCGGCUGCUGGGCCGCGGCCGGCGCUGGUUCUCGCAGGCGGAGCCCGCUGUGCCCCCGCAGCCGCCCGGCCCGCUGUACCCGCCUGUCGUGGCUUCCGCCACGGCGAAGAGCCAAGCGGCCAAGCGGCGGCGGCAGGAGUAUUUCCACCAGCGGGUGCACGCGGCGGCCUCGAUCGAGGAGAAGCUGCGGCUCUACGGGCUGCGGCAGCGGCCCAAGUACAUGGUGUACCCGCAGACCUUCGCCCUCAACGCCGACCGCUGGUACCAGAGCUUCACCAGGACCGUCUUCGUGCCGGGGCUGCCCCCGAGAUCGGCUCCUGCAGCCGCGGAAGCCCCGGCAGUGGCACCCGAGGCCGCCAAAGCCCCGGCGCCUGGAGCGGCGGCGGCAGGAGCCGCGGAGGCCCCGGGGGCGGCGCCGCACCUCGACGUGAGCGAGCUCCGCUCCCUCGCCUGCGACGCCCUCCUGCAGGAGAGCUUCUACCAGGCCAAGAAGCCGCCGCUCCUCUACCGCCACCAGGAGCACACGCCCGGCCCCUUCCUUACGCAGCUCGUCUCUACCCUCACCGCUUCCCUGUGCGGUCGCAACCCGCUGCUGGCCGCCUCCUCCCUUGAUCUAAAACCUGAAGUUAACUAUUACUGGCAUCAUGGUGAGGAAGUUGUUGUUCAUGGACAUCGCAAGGGUAGAGUUGAUCCUGUGCGCUUUCAGAUAGAUGAUAAGCCCCACCUCCAGAUCCGGGUACCAAAGCAACUGCCAGAGAUUGUAGCACUGGAGUCAGAUCUUGGGAAUGUUCCUGUUAUUGAUCACAAACCCUCCAAACUGCCAUUGUUCAAAAAGCAGUACGAAAACAAGGUGUUUAUAGGAUCAAAUGUAGCUGAUCCAUGCUGUUAUGGACACACCCAGUUUCAUCUUAUUCCUGAUAAACUAAAACGGCGGAGGUAUGUUAGAGCAAAUCUGGAGGAUCAGAUUGAAGUUCUUUAUCGAGCUAAUGGUAUUGCAAGUCUCUUUGCUUGGACAGCAGCACAAGCAAUGUAUCAAGGAUUCUGGAAUGAAGCAGAUGUGACUCGUCCUUUUGUAUCACAGGCAGUAGUGACUGAUGGAAAAUACUUUGCUUUCUUUUGUUACCAGCUAAAUACUUUAGCACUAACUGUAGAAACUAUUAAAAAUAACCCCCGGAAGAAUAUCUGUUGGGGUACAGACAGUAAGCCAUUGUAUGAUGUCGUGGAAGAUGGUAGUGUGAAAGGCUUUAAUGAUGAAGUUCUGCUUCUGUUGGUUCGUUUUCUGUUGAACAGACCAAAAGAGUUGUAAAUCAUUAAACAAUAAAGUAUUAAACAAUAAA